AACAUCAACAUGAGUCUCCUGCAACAAUUACAAUUAAAGCGUCGAAGUCUAAAACCGACGCAUACUAUCAUAACCACCAACACGGGAGAACGUUUUCGUAAAACCUCUCGCAGUGAAGAAUUAGUAAAAUUAAGCGGACUUUCAUUUGGUUUUGUUGUGGAUACAAAGCCGGAUUUAAUACCAAACUGUAUUUUGGAGAAUUUUCUUUAUUUGGGCUCUCAGGAUUCAGUAAAUAAGGAAACUUUACUUAAUCAUAAUAUAACUAACGUACUUAGUAUAGGCAUUGAAGUAUCUUCUUUGGAUUUAAUCAAGAACAUAGCCAAGUUGUUUGUACCUUGCCUAGAUUUACCAGAAACAUUAUUAGUUGAUGCUGUCUUCUCUAAAAGUUUUGAUUUUAUUGAAGAAUGCCGUCUAAAUGGAGGCAAAAUAUUAAUUCAUUGUAAUGCUGGUAUAAGCCGAUCACCUAGUGUUGUAAUUGCUUAUUUAAUGCAUUAUCGUGGAAUGGACUUCCAAACGGCCUAUAAAUAUGUGAAAACCAAGCGGCCAUGCAUACAGCCAAACGAAGGAUUUUUAAUACAAUUAAAAAAUUACAAUAAGGUAAUAACUUAAGCACAUUUAGACAAGUAAUUAACUGAUAUAAGUAAUAAUGAACUAUAAAAAGAUUUUCUUAGUAAAAUAAUAAACUAUCUUUACAUCUAUCGUGCAUAGAAUCACGUGUAAAAUUACCAUGAAAUCGAUUUGCCUAAAUACUUCUUUUCAUCUAUUUUUUACGAGCCAUAUUAAUAAUUGUGAGUUCUGCCCUUUAAGGCCUUUUCUAAUGGGGCGUCGAUUGGUUGUAAAAACCCACCGAAUUAAGCAUUUUCGAUAGUAUUCGCCCCUGAAUCAAAGUACGUCAGUGUUCCAUAAGUUGCCCUUCACAAGUAAAUACGUGCCACAUACCAGGUAUUGCCACGCGCAAUUUAUGAUUUCAUACUGUGUCUUCAGUUGAUCUAGAACCUACCAGACUUGCAUACUAAGCUAAUGAGUGAGAUUAUAGUUAAGUAGAAUAAUCUUAGAAUGUGAUUUGUGAUAGCUCAUUCAAUCAAUUUCGGCAACUUUUAAAUUGUGCCAUUUCGUUCUACCCUGCCUUAAGUGACCAACUAAUUGGAAAAAGUGAAAUCAUAAAGAGUUUAGUAUACUUUUCCUUUUUGGUUUAUAUCUACACCUUCGUCUAUCUUUAUGCAUGGACAUUACGAAAAAAGCAGCAAAAAUUAUUUUCACUCACUCAUUUGUUCCGGUUCUGAAAGGAAAAGUUUAGUUAGACAAAAUAUCACGACUUACAUAUAUAUGCGCACCAUGCGAUGUAAGUGAUACGGCUAGACAUUUAGUCGGAAUCCAAUGGGUAAAAGUAGGAAUAUAUGAUUAAGGAAGCCACAGUUUUUUCGCGAAUCGAGUUUUAAACCGAGCUUAGAAACCACUUUAACGAACUCUAUUUCUUCAUUUAACAUUUUAACGCGUGGCAAGGGAUGAGAAUCGUACUUAAAAGCUUGAGAUUUACUUGAAUUCAACUUUAAGCAAUUAAAGUUUAAGGUUAUUUAAUACAGUCUUAUAAUUCGAACACUGACUGAUAAUGAAGGCGAUGCCUCAUCCUGCUCUGUGCAAGUUUUUUUAUGGUCAACAACAUUCUCAAAAAACUUCUCAAAGCAUGUUUCGGUUGCAGGUACAACGUCAAUUGAUAAUCGGUAAGUAAAAUGGCCAGUCUGGCGUUUAAGAAAGCUAUGCGUAAUAAGAUAAUUUCUUUAAAAUAAAUCUCUUAAUUAUAAUUAUCUUCCCGCUACUAACAUUAGAGGCUUUUAAGCUCUUGCAAGCCAAGUUCUGCUUCUGUUUAUAACAAUCUCAGGUUUAUCGCUUUUUUAUAUAUACAUAGGAUAACCACAUUUUUAAGCUAAAAGAUCACAGAGUUACAAU